GUGCACAGAAUUUCCCGUGCAAUGCUGGGGAACCAAACUAUAUUGUGAAGUUAUUUUUCUAGGGACCUGCCGUCGUCCUGGAAAUGUAUAAUAUCUGACAGCAUAUCUGUAAUUGAGGAACUUUGCUCUGCCUCACCAUGACGACUGUUCUGAGUGAGCGCGCUCGGAGCAAUCUGCUGGUACAUCGAGCCACCAUCGCGCAGGACCUGACGGUGGACUAUGUACUGGAUCCACUGAUCUCUGAUCUAAUCAUCAGUGUUGAGGACUCGGAGGUGAUCAAUGCGGAGGUAACUAGGCGGCGCAAGGCCACCAAACUCUUGGACAUCAUAGCUACCAAAGGCCAACAGGCCUACAACAGCUUGCACAAGGUCCUGGGUGAGAAGCACAAGCAUCUAGCGAUCCUACUGGAAGACGGCGUUACGGUGGACGGUGUCCCACUCACUCCAGGGAUGUCACCCGAUAUUAUGUCUCAGGAAGAAGUUCAAAUUGUCAUGACGCGUGGUGGAGUGCCGCCCAGGCCGGCUGUCUUCAUGUCGCGCUUGGACAAAGUCCGCGAGAUCCGCGAGGCCCUCUACCAGCUACAAGACAAGAUUGGUUGGGUGCUAGUCCACGGUAUGGGAGGCAUCGGCAAAUCAGUACUAGCAGCUGAGGCUGUAAGAACAUCGAAGAUACUUACAAAGGUAUUUCCCGGCGGCGUGUUCUGGGUCGCCAUCAGCAACAUCGACAAGUCCAAGCUCCUGACCAAGCUACAGAACCUGUGUGCCAGACUAGACCGCGAGUCCCGCCCACCCCCACUCAACCUGGAGGAGGCAAAGGAUAGAUUGAGAGUGGUGCUAAUUGAACAACACCCAAGGUGUCUUCUCAUUUUGGAUGAUAUUUGGUCUUCCAAGGUUGCUCGGAUAUUUGACGUACAGUGCAGGGUGCUCGUUACGACUAGAGACAAAAGCGUCAUUGAUACGAUUACAAGUCCUGUUUCCACAAUCAUUUUGGAGCAUGGUUUUACCGAGCCCCAAGCGUUAGAAACCCUGGCACUAUGGACUGAGAAACCCAUAGGAGAACUUCCCGCGGAGGCACACCAAAUAUACGAGGCUUCAAAAGGUAACCCUCUUGUCAUUUCCCUCAUCGGUGGCCUGCUUCGCGACCACCCCCACCGUUGGGAGUACUACCUCAAGAAACUCAGAGAGAAGAAAUAUAGCCGGCUGCGCAAGGCGUCGUCCUACGAGUAUCAGAGCGUGGACGAAGCCAUGGGUGUUAGCGUGGACCAGCUACCAGAUGAGUCCAGAGAACUGUACUUUGAUUUUGUCAUCUUUGACGGAGGUGUGAAGAUAUCUGCAAAGGUGCUAAGUGUCUUGUGGGAUGAGGAGAUGGAAUUUGUAGAAGAUGAAAUGCUUAAACUGGCCAACAAGUCCCUCGUUCGUCAGGAAUGGGAUGAUAAGCUGCGCUGCAUGAGCUACACGGUGCACGACCUGCAGUUAGACUUCAUCAAACAGAACAGCGAAAGUCAAACAGAAGUCCACAAGAAGUUGGUCUCUCGAUACAAGAAGCUGUGCAACGGCAAAUACCACAUGCUAGAAGACGACGCUUAUAUUCACGAGUAUCUACCCAUGCAUAUGGCCAAGGCGCACCUCAGCGCAGAGCUACGCUGCCUUCUGCUUAGUCUGGACUGGAUCGUCGCUAAGCUGGACGUGAUGGGUUCAGUCGCUCCGGCUUACGUGCUUAGCGAUUACGUCAAGUAUAGCCACUACCUCAUGACGCGAGAGGAGAUCGACCUCGCCAAGGAGUUCCAGCUUUUCAUCAGCGUCAAUUCCCACCUUCUUAUCCAAUCCCCAAAGCCUGACGUGACCCAACUCGCUCUGGUCCAACCCCCGGACUCCUUGGUCUAUAAACAAGCUCAACAGAGGGCGCUACAGAGCAAGACUGGUUUCUAUCUGAAUUGGUGCAAUAGACCAUCCAAAAUGGAUCACAUACUCAUGAGAAGUAAAGUCCACGAAGGCACUGUGUCGUGUGCCAACUUCUCGCCAGAGGCAGACUUGGUCGUGUCCUGUGGAGAAGACGAAAACAUCAAGAUAUGGGAGAGUAGUUCAGGUCGAGUGAGUACCAUGUUUGACACUCACAACGACCACAUCAACUGGUGUGAGUUCUCACCUGACGGCUGCAAGUUACUCAGCUGCUCCAAUGAUAAAACACUCCAGUUGUAUAAUAUUUGUGAGGAGAAGAUAAUAGCGACGUUGUUUGGGCACUUGGCCGAAGUCUACAUGUGCGUCUUCUCACACGAUGGGCAGAAAGCAGCAUCAUGCUCUGAGGAUAUGACAGUAAAGGUGUGGGACUUGGUCAACCUGAGGCUUCUGCGGACGCUGACUGGUCACUCUGGAUCGGUCAAAGGGUGCCAGUGGUCAUGUGACGAUAAGAGUAUCGUUAGCUGCUCCCACGACACAACAGUCAAGGUUUUUGACGUAGCGAGUGGUGGGUUACAAACCAGCUAUGAUGAACAUGAUGAGGCUGUCACAUGCUGCUGUACGUCUCCCAAGGGCAAAAAGGUGGCUUCAGCAUCUACCAAUCUGUUACACGUGUGGGAUAUGUCAAGUGGAGAGCAGCUAGGUGUCUGUGUGUGUCGAGCUCAGUCCAUCCUGUGCUGUGCCUUCUCACCAAGUAAUGGUAUAGUGGCAACCGGCUGCUCAGAUUUUUCCAUCUGGCUGUGGGAUAUAGCCUCUUUCAAGUCGCUUGCUGUCUAUCGGGGUCACAGUAGUUGGGUAUUGUCGGUAGCCUUCGAUUCCUGCGGCGAACAACUUGUGUCGGCCUCGGACGACGAAACUGUCAUGAUUUGGAAAGUUGACGGUCUCUUCAGCGACAAUAACGUGGUCUUCAAGCGAGACUUUGCUGCGCAGUUUAGCAAUGACGACGUAACGAUUGUAACUUCCGAUAUCACAAAUGCUUGUCUGGUAAUUGACAACAAAGGUGAGAGGAUACGUGUUGUCUCAAAGAGCCCAGCGCGAGUCCGUAGCGUGGCCAUUUCCAAGGACGGAAAGGCAGCCUGUGGAAAUGUCCACGGCCAGAUAUAUAUUCUGAGCAUCAUCUAUGCCAAGGAGCUAUGCGUACUUACAGGCCACACGUGUGCCGUCAGACACUGCGUCUUCAACAAAGAUGGAUCCUUGUUGGCGUCAACGUCCGAAGAUAACGAUCUUAGGUUGUGGGAUCUGAACAAGCCCAGCCAACACAUUGUCCUGAAGGGUCACGCAGACUCAGUCAACAUGUGCAACUUCUUCAAGAAUGAUACCAGGCUGUUGUCGUCUUCCCACGAUGGAACUCUGAAGAUAUGGGAUGUCAAGUCAGGAGAAGUGGUGAUGUCGAUCAAUGCUCAUGAUAACUGGAUCUUCUCCUCCGACAUGUCUCCAGAUGAAAAGUUUGCAGUCUCUGUUUCCGUCGACAAAACGGCCAAGGUGUGGGAUGUUGCCACAGGUAAGAUACUGCACGUCCUGAACGGACAUGACGACAUCAUCAGAACCUGCUGUAUCUCCCCUAACAGCCGUCUCCUAGCAACCGGCAAUGACCAAGGUUUCAUAAAGAUUUGGGAUCUUACCACUGGCAAGGAGCUUGCAACCUGUGCUGGUCAUAACUCCUGGAUUACUGAUAUCACCUUCUCCAGUGACAGCAAGUACAUUCUGUCCGUUGGCGAUAACGUUAAGUGGUGGCGAGUGGACGGCAGCUCGGUUCAGAUCUUCCACAUCCGAGGGAGUUUCGUUCGCCUGAUCCAUGCGGACGAGGACUUCAAACGCUUUGUGACAAUCGGCAACACCGGCAUUCUGUACAUCCUGUCAUUAAUCAAGCAACCGCAGCAGCACGCCAUGCACUUAUAGCAGGCUUGGGCCUCAAGACACGGCUCAGUACAGCAACGAAGACAGAAAGACAAGUCAAAAUAUAACAGGAUCACUUAAAACAGGGGUAAUAUUAAUCGUGUGCCUGACCUAAGGGUUUCUGAAAUCUUGGCUUUCUCGUGGGUUUUGUCUUCAUCUCCGGCUUAGGAAUUGUGUCAAGACACCUGUCAGCCCCACUACUGAGUAGACAGAGGAGUAAUUGCAGAAUACCCCACCAAUCAAAAAUUUCCCCCUAAAACUCAACGGCUACGUAGUUGAAGGAGCUAAGAAAAAGUCUAAGUCCAAUGUACAUUUACAUGUAGAUCCCGAAGAGUGGCUACCCGGAUAUGGAGUUGGAGUGAAUCAGGAAAGGCCAAAAGAGGGCGCCAUUUUCUCUUUGAAAACAUCCUCCAAGGGGAACAAAUCAGUACUAUAAUGGCGCUAUGAGCUUUGUGCGCCAACAAGAGGGCGCGUUUUACCACUUUGAGAGUCUCUUGGAUGGGACACCGCGUGUGCGUAUGGGACUGGUAUGUGUGCAAAGUGCGCACAAUUUAUUUUUAUUCUAAAUGCGUACAAAGCUAAGCCGUAGCAUCUUUGCGCGUGAGCGUCAGGUUUUGUCGGCGUGCAUAUACAUUCGAAUUUCACUUGUGAUGGUCUCCCAGACUAAUCCCUGCCCCCAAUAACUUUGGAUCAUUCGAAAUACGUGGUGGAUGGACCGGGAACCAGUCUAGGUCUCCCCCAACUCUCCUUUUCUGGCCGUUGAAUGAGUAAUUGUGCACAGAGCCUAUGCGAUCUUUUUGGUACUUACAGUUAAAAUUGAAUGGGGAAGAUUGAACAAAAAAAGCCUAAGUCCAAUGUGGGUCCCCCAGAGUGGAUGUGGGGAUACACAGUGUGAGUGAGAAGGUCUAUUGAGGCAAUCAACCGUGACUCUCUUUAUUGAGAGUAAACAAGCCCGACUCCGUAGCCGGCUACAAGCUUUAAGGUGGAUAGGUUGACUGUAGGGUAUUCUGCAAUUGUGCCUAACUAGGUGUCUUGACGGGCUCCUACUAUUUAACCAUCAUGAGGAGUCAGGGUAUAGUGCGCAAACAUUGCCUACACGACCAUUUCUGCAUGAUCCAGAAAUUUUUCACGUUUGUAUCAAGCUCCAAUUUUCCUUUAUUUCUGGGGAAUGACAGGUUGGAUAGCCUCAUAAUGUAAGUACUUAACAAGCAGGUGAAACUUCAGCUCACAAAACGUUGUGGAUGUACAAGUGAAGAAAUUGGAAAGUCUCGACUCUUAUCCGAAACAUGGCGUAAACCACCAGGUUUGCGGGUCUAGGUCAAACCAGGAAGGGAAGCAUCACGGAUAUUUGGGAUACCACAAAGUGGAUUUUAUUAAAAAUGGAAAUAAUCCUACCUUGACCUCAGAUUAUUGGAUUUGGAAUCCUCAAAGAGUCGAAAAUCUACUCGAGUAGAAGCUGGAGAUGAAGCCAGGUUUUGAAAACACUCAAAAGUGGUUAAAUAUUGAUUAAGGAACUAGUUACAUUCGAAGGGUAAACUUUGUUGAAUGUUUGCAAUUGCAAUGGCAUGGCAUAUCUGUAUCGGACAAUUCCAGUUUUAUGAAGGAAGUGUAAUGUCCGUGACAGAGCCAAUUAACCAUGAUGUCUAAUUAAUGAUUCAGGGAAAUGAUCCCAAACUCCUAGUCUGUAAUCGCCUUGACCAUUACUAGAUGAUGGAUGUAUAAGAUUUGAAUAAUACAUUUUCAGGUUUAUUCACUGAGCUCUUGAAUGCUAUGUCACGGACAUUACAUAAAGCUGGAAUUGCCUUAUGUUAUCUGAAUUUUUACUGCCUGGUCGAAAGUAUUGAAAAUAUAUUCAUUGAUAUUUCACUGCUGCCAAAUCCAAAUUUGGAAGUUGGUCUACUAACUUGCAUCAAAAAAUGCCGUCAAAUCUUGUCUCGAAGUCAAUUUUACUUAAGCGUUUUUGGUUGAAGACUUACAUUUUUUUUUCUAACUAGUACUCGUAGGUGUGUAUGAAAUACAUUAACGAAUGGGUAUUAAGCAUGGUAGUUGUAUGUAAGGUUUAUGUGCACUUUUAAUGCUUUAUUCCACAAAAGUGCCGAAAGAAAUAAGUGCUUUAUUAAAGCGGUUUAUCUUUUGUACUUAAUAUUUUGGUUUCCUUGCAAAUUUUUUUUUUUUUUAGAUAUUCCUUUUUGAGUUAGACUCUAAAGACUGCUCACAGUUAUUUAAGUAAGAGUUAUUUUUCAUAAAUCAACGAAGUGUGGUUUGCGCGGUCAGUAUUUAUGCAUAUUGUACGAGGCAGAUAUUACAUUGAAGGGGCUUGCAUACGGUAACGGAGAGUGGAAGAGGGAAUUUAAUAAAUUAUAUUAACUCUGUUGAUAGUUAUACAAACCAUGUUUACAUUUUAACAAGGUGUUGAUGAACACAAAUGCCCCAGUGAGCGAAUGUCAAAUUUGAAGGUGUUUCUUAUAAACCAGUUCGCGUCUGAGGACUUGAUAACACGUACGGGCUGUUUAUAUACACAGGCACGGCUGAUGGGUUAAGAUGUCAAGAUUGCUUCGCCUCGCCUCCGGGCGACGUCUAAACAUGCUCAUCCCUAGUGUCUUUUGUAGACACACAAAGUCUGUGUUGUAUGUGGACCAGACCGUGUGCUGAUUGUUGUGUGGGUCGUUGUGCACAGCCUAUUGUACAAUUUACGCUCCAGUACAGUGUACACCCCUGAGUAUUGAAACAUAAUGCGGUUUUGGCAAAAAGAAAUAUUGUAUAAAUAGUGUUGAAAUGACACUAGCGAAUAAGUAUUUGUGGCAUUUGGCUGUACAUGUAUAUCAGAAGUUAGCUGGGCAAUGUUGCAGUUCGCGAAAAUCAAAUUUCAAAAUUUUUGGCAAAAAAAGUCCUGACGCGAAGUGGUUUUCUUUGAUUGGUGUGUUAAACUUAAAUUUACGACUCAGAAGGAACCAAAGACCAACCAACUUUUCAAGUUGAUAUACAUGUACCUCUUUGAUGAUUGUUACGAAGGUCGCGCAAUACAAACUUUAGUUUAUAAAUUUAUUACUCCCUUUUUUUUUAUAGAAAUCCUCAGAUAAUCAUUGUACAUCAUUUUACAACCAUGUCUUUGACCUUUAACCUAUGGGAUCCAAAAUCAAUAGGCUUCUGGGUAAACCCAAGACCGACACACAUACCAAGUUUGAAGUUCAUAUUUUAGAGUCUAACUUGAGUUACUCUGAUCAAACCACAAGUGCUACACAUGCACGAAUGCACAAUUCGCUGGUGGGGCAUAAACAUUAUUGUAAGAAAGAAUUUAAAUUCGGGAUGAUCUCUUCAUUAGAAUAUAAGAAUGUAUUGUUUUACCCUCACAGAGGAAUAAGGUAUCAGUGCAAAGCAUUGAAAGGUAAAAUCCCUGCGCAAUUUGUAUGAGUUAACUUUAAAUGCAGACCUUUUAUAACAGUACUCGGGUAAAAUGUACUAAAUUUUAUAUCUGGUUUUAAAUCAGAAUAAUUGUUUUCUUUUACGAUUACUUUUUGACAAUAGUUAUGCGCCAAUGAAGAGAAGUCACAGACACUCCAUUUAAUCAUUUUUGUAUUAAAUUUCAGACCUUUAUUGUAUGAGAAUAUCAAAUAUUGUACUGUAACCAUGGUAACCUUUGUGGCGUUAAAUAAAUUGACAAAAACUUGA